GAAGGCAGUCUGUUCGGCGGACGUGGCUUUCAGAAGUUUGCCAUUUAUCAUUAAACCACUAAAGACUCUAACGACAAAGAUAGUAAGAAGAAUCACAGAUCGUAUUUUCUAAAGUGUGUAGCAUCGGAAGCUACCUGAAUUAAAGAAUAAAGACGUGAUCGAAGAUGAGCUGCUAUGCUAAGAUGGCGACGUCCAGUCAAAGAGAAGGCGGAAGAGAUUUAUCGACGGAGAAAAAUCCCCGAACUCCAGACAACGACGUCCAGCAGCUGAUUGAUUAUCAAGGAGAACAUCCCGCUCGGUUGCAGGGUGGGAGCUCCACUUUGAAGCAGGAGGAUCCACAGCCCCCCCGCAUUAAAAAGGAAGAGGAGGAACAUCUUCUCCACCCGGAGUUGCCACUGACUGGUGUCUCUGUGAAGACCGAAGACCAUGAAGACAAACCACGUGAGUCCUCACAGCUUCAUCACAGUGAAGAGAACAGAGGGGCGGAGCCACAACACAUGACAACAGAAGCUGAUGGAGACCACUGUGGAGGAUCACAAGCACACAACCUCUUAGCUCCGCUAUCAGAUAGUGAAGCCGAGGAAUGCGAUGAAGAUGAUAUGAGGACUCGAACUCUCAACAAACGAUCUAAACGCUCUAAAAGGGGGGACGUGGUUAAAAAAAAAUUGUCUUGCUCAGUUUGUGGCGAGAACUUUUUGUAUAAAAGCACUUUGAGUAGACACAUGGUGAAGCACACAGGAGAAAAACCAUUUAGCUGCUCAGUGUGUUCAAAACGCUUUUCUCUGAAGUAUUAUCUGACUCAACACAUGUUGACGCACACAGGAGAAAAACCAUUUGGUUGCUUUGUCUGCGGUCGGAGAUUCGUUCAGAAGUCAAAAAUGAUGUCGCACAUGAGGACGCACACGGGAGAGCAACCAUUUAGUUGCUCUGUUUGCCGCGAAAGAUUCACGCUGAAGUCACAAAUGGUAUCACACAUGAGGAAGCACACAGGAAAACCCUUUGGUUGCUCCAUGUGCGCUAAGAGCUUUUCCACUAAGUGGUGUUUGACUCGACACACGCUGAGACACACGGGAAAAACCGAUAUCGUUUGCUCGGUUUGUGCUAAAAGUUUUACCGUUAAGGGCGAUUUGAUUCGACACAUGGUGAUGCACACAAGAGAAAAACCAUUUGGUUGUUCUGUUUGUGGUGAAAGAUUCAUGCGUAGGCCACAAGCGGUAUCUCACAUGGUGAAACACACGGGAAAAAAACCAUUCAGUUGCUCUGUGUGUGCAAAAAGCUUUUCCUUUAAGUAUCACUUGACUCGACAUAUGGUGACACACACAAGAAAAAAGGAUUUUAUUUGCUCGGUUUGCGGGAAAAGCUUUUGCUUAAAGCUUGUUUUGACUCGACACAUGGUGAAGCACUCGGGAGAAAAACAACACACUUGCUCGGUGUGUGCGAAAAGUUUUUUUUUUAAGUGCGACCUGACUCGACACAUGUUGACGCACUCAGGAGAAAAACCUUUUGCAUGUUCUGUUUGUGCUCAAAGAUUCUGCCAAAAGUCGCAAAUGGUAUCGCACAUGAGAAAGCACACAGGGGAAAAACCAUUUUCUUGCUCAUUUUGCGCUAAAGGCUACUCAUCAAAGUGUGAUCUGACUCGACACAUGCAGACGCACACAGGAGAAAAACCUUUUAAUUGCUCCGUGUGCGCUAAAGGCUUUUCUGCACAGUGUUAUUUGACUCGACACAUGCAGACGCACAACAAAAGUAACAUUUGCUCAGUUUGCGCCAAACGUUUUUCUUUUAAGGGCGAUUUAACCCGACACAUGUUGACGCACACGGGAGAAAAACCGUUUGGUUGCACAGUGUGCGCAAAACACUUUUUUUUAAAGGGCGAUCUAACCCGACACAUGUUGACGCACACGGGAGAAAAACCUUAUGAAUGUUCUGUUUGUGGUCACGGAUUCGUUCAGAAGUGUAAUAUGAUAUCGCACAUGAGAAAGCACACCGGAGAAAAACCCUUUGGUUGCUCACUUUGUGAUAAAACCUUCUCUCGGAAGUCAAGGAUGCUGUCACACCUGAAAACACACGAGGGAGAAACCUCUUAGUUGCCCAGUUUUGGCUUUGAAAGAUGAAAACGCAUGAGAAUGCACACAGGAGAACCUGUUCGUUGCUCUGAAUGUGAUGAAAGCGUGUUUGAGGCAUGAUAAAAAUGACACGUGAGAGCUUGUGGUCACCCGAAAACAUUUUUGGAACUAAAAAUACUUCAAAUGGUCUUUCUGACCUGGAUUAUGUGUACAAAUAUACAUGAUACAAGAAAGGAAUCCUUGAAAAACUAAAUAAAAGUAAAAAAAACUAAUCCUAAAGCUUCAGCCCCCCUAAAAUAUUCUUAAAAAAUAUCUAAAUAAUAAUAUAUAAUAUUUAAAUAAUUUGAUAUUUUUAAUAGAUUUUUCAAUUUUUUUUAUUGAUUUUUUUAACAAAAAAAUCUGACAAAUUUUAUAUAAUAGGGCAAAAGCAGGCUAAUAAGCAGGCUAUAGCUAUAACACUAUCGCCUACUAGUAGUAGUAAUAAUCAGAAGAAUAAUGAUGAUAAUAAUAAUAAUGGGCUAUUUAAUAAUAUAAUAAUGAUUAUUACAUAAUCGAUCACUGAUUUUUUUAUUUUUUUGAAUGUCUACUACAUUCUUUCAUAUCCUACGCUCUUUAUUCAUUACAUCAUUGGCCAACUGCUCUACUGGUAGCAAUGCAUUAUGGGUAAUAGUCCAAAUAGCUGUUUAUUUUAAUCUUGUAAUGGUACUUGUAUAUGUACGUUUGAGUGUUAAGUUGCCGUGUGAUGAUUUUAGCGUUCAUUGUAAAACGACGCCUUAAGUCAGACUGUUAUUGGUGUUUACUUCCUGCCAUUUUGUGACUUCCUUUAUUUUGGCUCCUGUCAAAUAAAGAGCUGCGUGGUCGUCACGGCCACAUUGUUAUUUUAUGAUGUGCAGGGCCAUGACGUCAUUUUCUACUUUUAUAGCUACCUUUUUAUGUGUUGGCACACUGUUCUUGUUGACAAUCGGAAUGUUUUCCAGCUCGGAGGUUGUUUUUAAUAAGACCCAUCCACCUUUUUGUCCUGCAGCACCUCAUCAUAAUAUGCACUUUUACUCCUUGUUAAUAAAGUUUAUUCAUUCCAUUUACACUUCAGAAG